AUGCCUUUGCUCGGAUCUCCUAGGCAGACACCCGUCGAGUCACAAACCAACAAGGUCACCCUUGAGGAGAGGCAAUCCCAUAUCAAGGGGGUGAGCACAUCAACCCUUAAUGGCAAACGCCACGUCCUCAUCAUCGGCGCCGGCGUCAGCGGCCUCCUGCCAGCCUGGAUGCUGCUAGACAAGGGCUAUCGCGUCACCAUCAUCGCCGAGCACUGGGCUUGGACCCGGGACUUUGAGCAGUCGCGAAUCACUUCCCAGAUCGCUGGCGCCCUGUGGGAGUUCCCCCCAGGCGGGUGCGGCCUCACCGAGAUCGAGUCCCCUGGACCUGGCUUCGCGACCGUCGAGCACUACCGUGAGUGGUCCCUGCAGAGCUACGAAUUUUACAAACGUUACCACAAUGAGGUGACCAACUCGUUCGAAAAGGAGGGCUAUGGAUUUGGCCUCAAGCUCGCGGACCUCAACCAGUUCUUUUACAAGGACAUCGUCACCAACCCCGAAAUCAACGACGAGGAGUACCUAAAGUUUAAAGCGCUCAAGUGGGCUGCAGCAGAUGGACGCAUCGACAGGGUCAGGGAAUGGAACCGUGAGAAAAUGGUGAACCAGUUCGGCUCCUACGUGAACGUGGACUUUGACAAGAAAAGGGCUGGAGAGUUGAAGAGCGGCUACACUCAUAUGGCUCCCAUCAUCAACACUGACAAGGCGAUGUCGUAUCUCAUGGCACUAGUCCAGUCCAAAGGAGCGGUCCUGGAGACGCGCCCAUUCAAGGGCCUCAUCAGGGACUAUGGCGAGAAGCUGCUCCAGGAACACAACGCCCACGCCAUCAUUAAUGCCUCCGGCCUGGGAGCCAAGGAGCUGGCAGGUGACGAUGACGUGUACCCAGUCCGUGGUGCCAUCAAGCGCAUUGAGAAUACUCGUAAGGGCGAGUUCCGCCAUCUCAACAAUGCCUACCUUGUCCCCGCCCAAAGGGACCUGAAUGGCCACCCAACCAAGACAGUUUUCAUCGUCCCACGCAGCGACGACGUCCUAUACGUCGGCUCUAUCAUCCAGCCUGAGGCCACAGAGAAGCUCUCGCCGGACUCGGUCGAGGUCGAUGUCAUGUGGGACCGGGCGGGCGACUUCAUCAGUAGCCUGCGCCACGCCGGGCUGUUCCCCGGCUUCCCUUUCGCCCAAGGCCUCCGACCUUUCACGAAGAGGAAUGUUAAGGUCAGGGCCGAUGACAGGGCCACAUUUCCCCUGGUGCACAACUACGGGCAUGGAGGAUCCGGAUGGACCCUGGGUGUUGGCACCGCUCGGUGUGCCGUGCACAUUGUCGAGAAAUUCAUGGCGCUCAACUCUGAAUCCCUCCUGAAGCCGAUCGAGGCUCUGAAGGUCAACGUCUCAACCCUUGAAAACAUUACCGACGAGAUUCUGACCGCCAAGACGGCUGCACAUGCUUCGGUCUCGACCAUAAAGGAACGGGCCGACUUUUUCAAUGAGAUUCGGGCACAGGCAUCAAAGGGCGCAAAGGAGGGCGCCACCGGAGCAAGUCCGACUGACAGCUUGGCUGAGUCUCAAUCAACCAAAGCAAGCCCGGAGGCACAGAAAUGCUGGGAAGCAUUGGUUGCCAGCAUUCCCGAAUCCGACACGAAAGUCAACAAGGCUAUUAAGCAUAUCAAAGACAUCGCCAAAGCGAGUGACGUGCCUGAUAACGCGAUCCAAACGCUCAGCGCGCGGACCGCGGAGGCAAAAAACAAGCUUGGAGCCCUCGAGCAGGUGUUGAACAACGAUGAGAAGGUCCGACAGCUGAACUAUCAGGCCAAAGUCCGCAAUGUGGGAAAGCAAAUCAACAAGGAGUUGUACGGAGAAGCACCGGCGGGGUCGACUCAUUAA